GAAAAUAAAUAGGUUAUUGAAUGUGACCAUCAUAAUAAUAGUUGAAAUUCAAAUUUAUGAAAUUGAUUGUCACAAAUUCACGUGGAUAUCUCUUGUCAAAUGCUUCUGAAAGCUAAAGUUUGUUGAAAAAGCAAUUGAUUUACUUAAAGAUAUCGUUAUGUCACUUGUCUUUUUAUGAUAACUUGUGACUAAGAGGAAACACAUCCCUGGUAAAGAGAUGUUUAACAAACCAACUGGAUUUGCUUCUCCCUUCGCUGCUGGGGGAAGUACAGCAUCAACACCAGGAUUUGGAACUGGUUUUGGCACUACCACGCAAACGGCAUCAGGUGGGCUGUUUGGCCAGACAAACACACAACAACCAAGCACUGGACUAUUUGGUGGAAACACACCGGCUUUUGGCUCCCAGCCCUCUUCAGGAUUUAGUUUUGGUUCAACCCCAGCCAGUGCUCCUGCUGGCGGCUUAUUUGCCCAGAAACCAGCGGCUACAGCGAGUCUGUUUGGUACACCAACACCAGCAGCUAAUACAUCAAGCACGUUUGGCUUCGGCAGCUCAGGUGGGUUUGGCACUACCACAUCAACGGCAAAUACGGCAGGGCUGUUUGGUGCAGCUGCCAACACUAGCGGAGGGCUUUUCGGAGCCAGUGCAGGAGGAUUUGGCCAGCAGCAACAGCAGCAAAAUGGGACGUCAAUCAAGUUCAACCCCCUUACUGGCCAGGAUACCAUGGUCAAGAAUGGACAAACACAGACCAUCAACACGAAACACCAGUGUAUAACCGCCAUGAAAGAGUACGAGACUAAAAGUCUUGAGGAGUUGCGUGUGGAAGACUACAUCAGCGGGAGGAAGGGGAAGCAGGCAGGGACCUCAGGAUUCGGGUUUGCUGCCCCCGCCACGACCACUGGGCAGACCGCGGGCUUCUUUACACAGACCGCCAAACCUGCGGCAUUUACUUCUGGUUUCGGCACAAGCACUGCGGGUAGCACCGGAGGUUUGUUUGGCCAGACUGCAACCCAACCCAGCACUGGAGGCCUGUUUGGACAGAGUAAGCCGGGCGGUCUGUUCGGUACACCUACCGCCGCCACCACGACCCAGCCAAGUGGCUUUGGUUUUGGUACUAACACCAGCACGGGUACUGGAGGCCUGUUUGGCAACACACAACAGAAUAAGCCUCUGUUUGGAACUGCUACCACCCAGUCUACCGGUCUGUUUGGAACAAGCACCAGCACAUUUGGCCAGCCAGCUGCAAGUACAGGAUUUGGGGGGUUCGGAACAGCAGCUCCUGCCACGGGAGGUCUUUUUGGAGGAAACAAGCCAGCAUUUGGUACGGCGGCCACUACUGUGUCAUCAGGGUUUGGUUUUGGUGGAUCCAACACCGGAGCAAACCUGUUUGCGAAGCCCUUCUCUGCCCAAUCAGCAGGCUUUGGAUUUAACACAGCCCCUACACAAGCCUCUGCAUUUGGUGCAACUCAGCCAUUUGGUGCAUCAAAGCCGGCAUUUGGAGGCCUAACUACGUCGACCGCGGCCCCAGCCUUCAGUCUGGGAGGUAACCUAAACACAGGAACAAGUCUUUUCGGGGGCAGCACCCUGAAUAAGCCUUCAGGCUUUGGAAUCGGAGGAACCACAGGGUUCGCAGGAUUUGGUGCAACUACUGGUCUUGGCCAGCAGCAGACUCUGGGAGGACAAGCUAGCCAGGCAGCGGUGAACCCAUCGAUCCAGAUUCAACAGACCCUUAUGGCCCUGGCCAACUCCCCGUACGGAGAUUCCAAACUGUUCUCCAACAUGCCAGAGACGUCAAUAAAACGAGAGGACAUCCUGAAGCCCACGAACCCUGCGGCCCAGAAAGCCAUCCUUGCCAACAGGCACAAGGUCACACCCAGGCCCAUGGCAAAGAUAAAGCCGAAGGCCCUGUCAGGAAACAUGAACAGUAGCAAGUCACACAUAUUCGAGGGACUGGAUGAGGAUGACUUCAGUUUUGGUAACGACACGUUCCAGCCAAGGAAGAGUGUUAAAAAACUGACACUGAAGAAAGGUGGUCAGGACUCGACCACUCCGAGUCGAGCCUCGUCUGUUAGUGGAGAACCCGCCAAUAUAUCAGCACUCAGAGAUGAGGAACAGUUCCGAGGAAGGUCGUCACCAAUAGCAUACCAAGAGGAGAGACCAGACAGUAGAAACAUGGGAGCCCUCCCGGAGACUGAGAACAUUAUUCGUAGUAAGGGCAUCUCCGACCAGCUUCCAGACACACCCAACAGGUCAGACAUGGAUGACACCAUUGCCCUCUUGAACGCCCGUAACAAGUCUGGGCCUACUAUUGAGCCUCCAGUCAUCCAGCAGCAAUCGCCCAAUGAGUCGGUCAACAUUAGCAUCAUCUCCAGAGACGAGUCCAACAAUGAAGAUGACAUCGUCAAUGAAAGACCUAUGACUCCCCCUCCACACCACCCAGCAGGCAUAGUUCUGAUGCGCCCUGGCUACUACACCAUCCCCAGCUUUGAAGCCCUGGCGGAGCUUGUUGAUGAGGAUGGCAACUGUUAUGUGGAGGACUUGACAAUCGGCCGUGAGGGGUAUGGAUCUAUAUUCUUCCCAGGAAUCACCAACAUCACCGACAUGAACUUUGAUGAAAUAGUGUUUUUCCGGCGUAAGGAGGUGAUAGUGUACCCAGAUGAUGACAACAAGCCUCCAGAGGGGGAGGGGCUGAACAAGAAGGCUGAGAUCACCCUUGACUGUGUUUGGCCACGUGACAAAUCCCUCGGCACACCAAUUAAAAGCCCAGAGAAGCUCCAAGCUAUGAAGUGGCAGGAUAAGAUAGAGGCCAACUCCCUGAAGGUCGGGGCACGCUUCAAGGACUACCGACCUGAGACGGGCUCAUGGGUGUUUGAGGUGAAGCAUUUCUCCAAGUAUGGUCUGGUAGAUGAUUCUGAUGAUGAAGGGGAAAUCUCCGAGCAGGAAAAGAAGCGCCUCCGUACGGCCCAGUCCCAGCAGGUGAACGUUCAGAAGCAGAAGCUUCGUCUCGAGCAGCAGACGGCCCAGGCAGGAGCCGGGCUCAAGCCCCCAGUAGUUGGAAUCAAAAGUCGCGCUGACGGAAGUCUUGCCCGGUUUACAAUUGGCACUGAUGAUGAGGAAAGUGAAGGAAGCGGGGCAGGUGGCCGGGUGGAGGUGCCCAUGGGUGACGAUGAACAAAUAGUAGAUUUAGCCGCCCAGAGACGGGCUCCUGCAGCUGGCAUAGAAGGUGAAGAUGAGAUGGAGAUGAUAGAUGAGCAGCCCUCGUCCCAUCGUCUGGCGACCAGUAUGGGAGUAGACGCCCGCAGCAUGCAGGUCAUGAAGGCCUCAUUCUUCAUGGACGAGGACGCACCAGCACCCGCAUUCGAUGGGUCAAUGUUUGGAAAGAAGUCUGCCCCACCUACAGGCUCCCCACUUCUACGAGGGCGUGAGGGGAGUGGACCCAGUCUGUUUAGCUCCACCCUGAAGGCGAAGUACAUGACCCCUGUCAAACUGGGUAACUUGCCUAAGGAGACAGUGCCAGAAGCAGGCCUAUAUUCACCACGAUUGAUUACCCCUGAGCCUAUACGAGCCAGCAGCUAUCGGCAGGAGCCCCUCCAGCCGCCUGUGAAGGAGUACAUGCUCUUGGAGAGUGGAAUGAGCCAGCACGACUACCAGAAGCGGGCGCUGGGCUCCCGGGUGACCAAGGUCAUUCCCACGGUGACGGAGAGCGUCAUGUACAACAAGCAGGCCCUACUGGUAGACGCAGGGUUGUUUAUGGGGCGCAGUUUCCGGGUAGGCUGGGGACCAGGUUGGACCCUCGCUCACUGUGGGGACCCUGUACAACCCAGGGAGGAAGAGGAGGAAAGGCCAGCAGGUACAUUUAACCUGUUCACUGGAGGUCAGCGACGACCAGCCAGCAAAGCCAACAAGGCUUGGACCGUCCAUCUACAGAAGGUCAACGUGGCAGAUCACAUAAACCCACGUGAUAAAACAGUCAUACAAAAUCACUGUGAGAUGUUAGAAAUUCAGCUGGUUCACUCACGGAGCAGCCUUGAGGGGGAGUGUCCGGUGUUUGCUCCCACCCCGGGGGUAGAGGCCCUGCACCAGUACGCAGAAAGAAACCAGGAAGAGCUGAAGAAUCUUAGUGGUCACCAGGAUGAGGACAGUGUGCAACACAUGGGCAUGGUCUGGGAUUUGUGUGUGGCCCUGUGGGGAAACCUCCCCGAGUUUAAGGACCUAGAAGUAGGUAAGGACAGCUACCUGUACCACAAUGCGAGACGAGAGGCGUUCUCUCAGUGGCUGGCUGACGUGUCUGCAGGCAGUAUAAGUACGGAGGUGCAGCAAAACAAAUACAAGGAGAACGGUCAGUUAGUCAGUGUCCUGAGUGCCAUGACUGGUCGUCAAAUCGUUGAAGCAUGUCAGCUCGCCCAGAAUGCGGGAAAUCCCCGGCUGGCCCUGCUGCUGGCCCAGUCCAUUAGCAACUACAUGCCCAGACAAAUGAUCUCUAAACAGCUUGAGGAAUAUAUUGAACUUGGUGCUAACAACUUCAUCAAUGAGACACUGCUGAAGGUGUACAGCCUGCUGGCAGGUCAGCUCGUGCUCACGUGCAGUGGGAUGACAGUCAACACGUGCGAGGGGCUGGACUGGAAACGUGCGCUUGCCCUCCAUCUUUGGUAUUGCUGUCAGGCUGAUGCCCCAAUCCAGGAGGCCGUGGAGAUUUAUGACCGCUCAUUCACCGGCACAGGUGAUUACUCGUCAUACUGCUGUGCCCCCCUGCCCCCCUACCUUGAACAGGAGGGGCUGGAGCUGGACAGGGAGGGGCCCAUCUGGGACACGUGUUACCACCUGUUGUCCCUGUACUGUAGGCGGAGUCACCCGCUGGAGAACCUCCUGAACCCUGUCACCUCCACACCCAGUCAACUGGACUACAGGCUCAGCUGGCACCUUGGUCAAGUAAUGGAGAGCCUUUCCUUCCGUCAUCUGUCAUCCUACCAACGGGCCAGUCUCCAUAUGAACUUUGCCUCCCAUCUUGAAUCAUUGGGGCUGUGGGAGUGGGCGGUCUUUGUGGCCUUACACAUCGACAAUUCUGUCAGUCGUGAGAAUGUUGUACAUGGCUUGCUGUGUCGGCACGUGCAACUGGAGGGUGGGGAAUCGUACAUGGAGAGGGAGGAACUGCUGCGAGGCAAGCUGCAUGUACCCACUGAGUGGAUACACAGUGCUAAGGCCCUGCGUGCGAGUUAUGAGAACCGGCCGAGAGAGGAGGCACGUCAUUUGUUGAGGGCAGGACAGUGGAACAGAAGCCAUCUAGUGCUGCUCAGGCACAUUGCUGCCGAUGAUAUCAUACAUGAGAACCAUGAUUCCCUGCGCGAGUCUCUGGUGGAGUUAUCUGCUCCUGCCCGCUGCGCGAGCAUUCUCGACUGGCACACAGGCGGCAAGGUGCUCCUAGACUAUAUCAACAUCUGUGACGGCAUAAAACUACUCUCUCAGAUUGGAGGUGACCGGCAGCUGUAUGAGUUGGACCAGCUUCUACCAGAGGUGCAGGCCCUGUGUACCAAGGUUGGCUCUCUGCCAUGUAGAACUUCAAAGGACAGACUAUGUCAGUCAGAGAUGGCCAAGAAGGCAGCCAACUUCCUACGGCUCAUCCUCACACUACAGGCUGAAGCCAGGGGUCAGCCCCACCCCUCUGUCAGAUCAAUGGCGCCUUAUAUCAGCAACCUUCCAAUGCCAGAGGACUAUGUUCUACAUGAGCUUCACAGUCUCACAAGAGCAUAUAUGAUGGAACAAGCCGUAGCUUGAUGGCUUUAUGAACAUCAUUAAUCAAAACAUUAUUACAUCUUUGAAAUGUUGUGAUGAAAUAUGGCUAUAACUGCUCCAAAUGGAUAGACCAACAUACAAUUUGUGUUUCUGUGUUUUCAUAUACAUUGAACUCAAUGCAUUUUUAAUAAUCAUGUUACUAAUGUAUGUGUGUUGCAGUGGUGAGCAGGUAUUGACAGACAGAAAUAGUUUGUACACAAAAUUAUUAAUGAAAGAUGUACAACAUAACAAAUCAUUUUUAAUGCUCACUUUGUAAAUAUAAUGGUUUGCCAAAUUGCUUUGAAAUAAAAAUGUUUGUGUACAUUUAAGUGUACAUUUCUGGAAACAAAAUAAUAUUUGUAGUGCACGGAUUGACACUAAAAGGUAUCUUGGGGUCUGAGACUCCUUACUACUAAUUCAUAAAUCACUUUUAACAAAUCUUGUUUUGAAGCUAAUUGGCUUGAUUACUGAUUAUUUCCCCUUCUUCGUUGACACUGAAAUUUGUUUACACAUGCUGGACUUGUUUUUCAAGUGUGUACGGUAGUCCAAUGGACUCAUGCACAAGAACAUUAAGUAUCAAACACUGUAUACUGUGACCUGAACUUCAGCCUUUGGAUCAUUUAUAUGGCAGUUUUGCUUUGUUCAUGCAUGUAACUUAUUGUAUAAAAAGCACUUUUAUGUGCUUUAAAAUGCCUGUCUAUUAUUUGAUUUUCAAAGAAGGAUGAAACAUUUAACUGUGCUAAGAGUUGCCAUGUUUAUACAUGUAAAAUUGUUCAUGUACAUGUAUACUGUAAGCUGUUAACAGACCUAUUUGAAAGUCAGUACAUGUUAUGUAUUUAGAUGCUUCAGGAUAUAGUACAUGUAAAAAUAACAUGUUGUCUAAAUUGUUUGUUCAUUAAUCAAAGCACAUUAAUUGCUUUUCCUGAUUUGAAUAUAUUAUUUGUUGUAUAUUUUCCUAAAUUGAAAUCAUGCACCAUUACUGUUCCACACUUGUAUAUGUUGUACAAUGUCCAUGUGAAAAUCGUAAUUUUGAAAAUAUCUUUGUAAUUGUCUUACAUGUUUUUGAAAUGUUUUAAACAGGCAUGAAUCAAUAAAGUGAUUGUC